CGGCAUCAAAAUAAUGAACGAAAGGCAAAAGGAAAUUACUGUUUUACAAGUCACACUUGCAAAAAUGAAAUAUAUUUUAACGUUUUCACUUUCAGGCACGCCCAUCGAAUCCCGUUGUUUUUUCCAUAGCGUCAGCACUCAGGCGCUUCAGUAGUUCCGUAUGGUUGUCAUGGCAACGGGGUUACGUCCUCAGUCCGCGAAAGAUAUGAGUGCAUCCUUGUCUGGGUGCAAGCUGCGACAUUACCUAAAAUAUUAGACUAAGAAAUUAAUUGAACACAUUUUAGCCUCUUGUUAGAAACCUGGACCCACAACAUUUCUACUGACAUGCGAUAAAAAAGUAAGCAUCUGCACCCGCGGGGGCUUUUCUCAUAGUGAAUAUUAUUACAAGAGAAAGUAAUCGGACUGAUGCUGGUGCUGAAAUGAUGGAGGAUACAGACUGCAGAACGGCUGACAGAUGUCAUGUCGAUUCACUUUUGAACAUCAGCGAGGAGAGCUUCGCGAAAAUUUCUCAGUGCGGAAUGCCUGUACAAUCGGCAUGGGAACAGGUGGUGAAGGGCUGGAAUGAGUGUCCUCCAUUGGCUUGCCUAUUUCAGUUGCAGAAUAAAUGUAGGCCAGACAAAAGUGGAGAACAUGAAUUCCAUUGUCUCCUCUGCAUUGAUGCAAAUCUGGUGCAGAAGCUUGAAGUGGACCAAUGUGCAAAUUCUGAAUCAUCUGAAACCAAAUGCAGUUUGGCUGAAGAUACAGAACACCUGGAAGCACCCCAAAUCUCCCCAUCAGAAAACUUCUGUCCAGAUGCAGAACAGGACAGUUUCAAGUAUGAAAAAACAACAACAAUUCAAGAUGAAUCCUGCAAAGUAACAGGCAGGGCCAAACUGAAAAGACUUCCAGACACUUCAACGAUGUUGACUUACAUGAAAUUUGCCAUGCAGUGUCCUAUAAUAAAAGAAAAAGGAAUUAUCAACAAGUUCUCUAUAUUGCCACCCGUGAAGGGCUCUGGUUAUCCAAGGGCUGCCAGAUUAAGAAGUGCAGCAGCCUGCGCACUAAGCUCACCAGACAGUCUGACAGCAGUCGGCAGAUCAUAUAGCCUCUCUUUAACAGGGGAGGGACAUGUUGAGAGAGAAUGUGUCUCAGCAGGUGUUGAGAUACUUGAGUAUAGCCACAGAUCACUUACAGCCAAGUGCUAUCAGUCUCCACCCAGCAGACGACUAAUGUCUGCUGUCAGCACCAGCUUACCCAAGAGAUGCUCCUCAUUAAACUCAUUUGAGGGCACACUGUCACGUGCAGCAGACUUUGUGGGUAGAAGAAUCAAGAAUGAAAGUCCUAUCCGGGCGGCCGUGAACAACCAAGGCUAUAACCAGAGACGAACAGAGAAUGAGCUACCUAUACUGUUGGGGACCAGAGUUCCAAUACAAGCAAUGUCUCAUCGCAUAGUGUCCAUUUCUAAUGCAUAGAGCCCUGAUUGGCAGCUUCCAGCUACCUCCAGGGCCUUUUCCAUGUCAGUAAUCCUACCUGUGCUCCUCGAUGCUCGGAUCCCAUCUCUCCUGCUACCAGCUCUAAACUUCAGAUCAGUUGUCAGUAUGUAUACAAUAUAAAUUUGGCAGACAGAUUUUUGGUAUAGAUGUAUUUUUCAUGUAUCUUGAUAAAAUAAGAAAUGUGGUGUACUGGAUAGAUGUUUUAAUCUUUUUGUUUCAUUAAAAAUGCUUAUGCAGUAUUA